AUGAUCAACGUAAAAAAAACCAUGCUGAAAAUUUUACUUUUACAUUUUGCAUUUAUUUCAUUUGUUAAUGAUAAUACUGCAUUAGAUGUCUUACGACAACAUGCUAUUGUACCAAUUACAUUUCAAAAUCAUCCGAUUAUUUUAGCACCGGCUUAUAAAAAAAAUAAUAUUCCUUCAUCAACAAGUCCUUCAUCUUAUUAUCCUGUAAAUGGUUCAACCAUGACACCACCACCAACACCUUCACGAAUAGCAGUCAAUGGCAUAUCUCAACAAUCAUCAACACCAUUUCAUCAUCAUCAUCAUCAUCAACAACAACCGAUAUCAACUCCUCAAGCUGUUUAUCCACCAAUAUUCUUUCCUGUUCAAGCUAAUAUGCCAUUUCUUCCAAUGACUGGAACUUAUUUAGUACCUCAAGCUGCACCACCACCGCAAUUACCACCAUCUUUCUAUCCAACAUUUUAUACACAUGGGGCAAAUCAUCAAACAGGUGGACAAUUAAUUAAUGGAGUAUUUAUUUAA